UGAUCAGAGGAUCCUCCUUAUCAACACUCCUCUGCAGAAUACUCUCAAAGAGCUGUGGACCAUGAUCCACUUCCUGCUGCCAGGCAUCACCAGACCGUUUUCUGAUUUCCCUGUUAAGGCCGGCACAGACCAGAACCAGGACUACUGCCACAAACUGGUCAUCCGUCUGCAUAGGAUGAUUCAGCCGUUCAUCUUGAGACGGUCCAAGAGGGACGUGGAGAAACAGCUUCCCAAGAAGUACGAACACAUCCUAAAGUGUCGUCUCUCCAGCAGACAGAAGAGCCUUUAUGAGGACAUCCUUACUCAGCCAGGGACCCAGGAGUCGCUGAAGACGGGUAAUUUUGUCAGUGUGCUUCAGGUUUUGAUGCAGCUGCAGCGAGUGUGUAACCACCCAGAGCUGGUGGCACCCAGAGAGACCAGCAGCUCCCUCUGCUGCGCUUCUCUCCAGUAUAACGUCCCAUCACUGGUUCUGGAGGCUAUUCAGAGUCAGUCGAGCGAGUCUGCAAACCUUUCCAUAUUCGAUCUGAUCAACAACGAGAACAGACUGACUCGGUAUCAGACUGAGGAGGCAGUACCCAAGCUAAAGUUGUCCCAGCAGCUCAUAGAAGAGAUCUACACGGGUCCAGACCAGCCACCACGACCCAAGCCAUGUCCAAUCAAACCCAUGAGAUUGUUCCAGCCGGUGCAGUAUGGCACAAAGCCAGAAGGUCGCUUGGCUGCCAUCGGAAAUGCAGCAGCUCAGCGCCCCCCAACCAGCUCUCCCCUCACCAUCACUUCAUCUUCUACCAGCCAGUCAAGCCAAACCAGGGGCAAGUCCCCCGUCACCACUGCAACGACUACACCCACUUCUCAAGCCAGUGGAUCGGCUACUCAGAGAGCCCAGGCUCCUCCUCCUGUCAGCAGCAGCACUGCAGCUUCCUUCGUAGCUGCCUCUGGGAACAGUGGCAGUGGGCAGCAUGUGUUGGGGGGUGCCACCAUGGCCUUGGCUCAGACCUUAGCUGGAACAGUUGUGGCCUCUAUGGCCCCUGUCAGCCACCCUAGAUUAACACAGGUCUCCAGGCAUACUGUAGCCCCCAGCCAUGCCAUCCAGCCCAGCUUACUGUCCCAGAGGUUGGUUCUUUCAUCUCAGGCCCAGGCACGGUUGCCUAGUGGAGAUGUGGUGAAGAUUGCACAGCUGGCUGGUCAGAAUCGUAUCUCCCAACCGGAGACUCCAGUCACGCUCCAGUUUCAGGGGAACAAGUUCACGUUGUCCCCCAGCCAGCUCCGCCAGCUCACCACCGGACAGCCCUUGCAGCUCCAAGGUACACUCGGCAACAUCCUGCACAUUGUGUCUGCACCAGGGCAGCAGAUCAUAAGACCCCAGGGGCAGAUGGUGAUGCAGACGGUUCCUCAAACUGUUGCUGCUUCUGGGCCUUCGGCCACAGCCGGCGCACCUCUUCCUGCUUUGUCAGCAGUUCAGGGCGUGACAGCGAACGCCACGUCAUCCCCCAGCAAGCACGCUGCUGCAGCUCAUGGAGGUUCCCAGGAUUCAGAGGAGAAGACCUCGCUGCUGAAGGAGCGUCUGAGCCGUUUGUUUGCAGCCAACGAGCGACGCUGCAGCCGUAGAGUGUUGUACGGGUCAGACCUGCUGCAGGCUUGCCUUCUGAGUCCAGAACCCAGUCACUCUGCUUUGACCGCUGGAGGCUGGAGGUGGGUGGGCAUGGAGAGCUGUCUCAGGGCCCAGAGGACUAUUGUGGGUACCACCUCUGCGCUGCAGGCUACUCUGCUUUCUGUGGAGAACCAUGUGGAGGCUGCUGAAAGCCUGAUCAGGAGGUUGACCUGUGUGGUACCUCCUGCUGUGGCUCCGCCUCCUCACCUGUAUGCAGCCGAUCCUCCCGCAUCCUACAGCCUUGAGCAGAAGUCCUUUCAGCGACGACUCAGCGCAGCUUUUGCCCCGCUCAGUGCAGACAUCCACAGAUUAUCAUCCAGACGUUUCUUGACUUAUUCUGACCUUCAGCUAUUGCAGAUGGACUCAGGUAAACUAGAAGCUCUCGCCAUCCUGCUGCAGAAGCUCCGAUCUGAGAGUAGACGAGUCCUGAUCUUUACUCAGAUGCUGAAGAUGCUGGACAUCCUGGAGGCCUUCCUGGACUACAGGCAGCUCACCUACGUGCGCAUUGAUGAAGGGCUCACUUCAGAUGAAAGACAGGAAAACAUGAAGAAGUUCAACAGGAGCAGACAGGUGUUCUGCUGCAUCCUGACCAACCGCUGCUGCUCUGCAGUUGGGACCAUGGUGGACGCAGAAACCAUCAUCUUCUAUGACACAGACCUCAACCCAACCAUGGACACCCGCACACAGGAGUGGUGUGAAAAAAUGGGGCGCUGUAAGGAUAUUCACAUAUACAGACUGGAGAGUGGCAAUUCUAUUGAAGAGAAGCUGUUGAAAAAUGGCACCAAGGACCUCAUCAGAGAGGUGGCUGCCCAGGGCACCGACUACUCAUUGGCUUUCCUUACACAGCGGACAAUUCAAGACCUGUUUGAAGUGGAGGCUGGUUCGGGGGUAAAGGUGGAGGAGUUUGUGGUUCUUCACCAGGAGCCGUCAGCCUCUGAAGCGAUUUCUCCCAAAGUAGCACGACCCUACAUCCAGGCUCUCCACAGCAUCAACCUGGAUGCUGAGUCCGAGGAAGAGGAGCCAGGAGACCCGGAGUUAUCAGAGGAGUCGGAGAACCCAGCUAGAGAAGAGCCGGGCCUGAUAAAGGAGCUGAAUGCAGUCAUGGAACAGCUAAUUCCCAUUGAAAGAUAUGCUCUGCAUUAUCUGGAGUACCUCCACGUCAGUGAUGACGAAGCUGCCUUAAAGGAAAAGCUGGAGUGUGUAAAGAGAGGCUGGGAGCUGCAGCAGCUGCAGAGACUGAAGGAGGAGGAGGAGAACCAGAUGACGGACGGAGAAGAAGAUUUGUUCACCUACACCAGAGAGGAUGCUUACAACAUGGAGUAUGUGUUUGAUGCAGAGGACUGUCCUACAGAGAUCAUGCCGCUUUGGACUCCGCCCACACCGCCACAAGAUGACAAUGACAUCUACAUUGAUUCGGUGAUGAUGUUGAUGUACGACACCACGCCCAUACCAGAGUCCAAACUGCCUCCAAUCUACAUCCGCAAGGAGCACAAGAGGCUGAAGAUGGACCCCAAUGCUACAGCCAGACAGAAGAAGAAGCGCCAUGGGGAGACGGUAAUACCUCCCCGCUCGCUUUUUGAGAAGGCCAGCAUGCUGAAAAAUCGCAGAGAGGGUAAAGACCAGAAGAAGAAUUUUUCCCUCAAGCAGCAGGCUCCUUUUGCCAAACCGCUCCCGUCACUGGUCAAACCUGCCAUGGAGGCUGGUCAGGACAACCCAGAGUGGAUCAUCAGUGAGGACUGGGCUCUGCUGCAGGCUGUGAAGCAGCUGCUGGAGCUGCCCCUGAACCUGACCAUCGUGUCUCCUGCACACACACCUAACUGGGACCUGGUGAGCGAUGUGGUGAAUUCCUGCAGCCGCAUCUACCGCUCACCCAAACAGUGUCGCAACCGCUAUGAGAACGUCAUCAUUCCCAGAGAGGAGGGCAAGCUGGUGUAUGAGGCCAACCCCAAAAAGAAGACCAAGAGCAUUUAUAAGUGUAAGAACAGCCGUCCUCUGAGAACCUGUCAGAUCUACACCCAGGAUGACAACGCCUCUCAGAUCCAGCUGUACAGCAGCCGCUUCGAACUCAUGAAGAUAAUAGCCAGCAAGAGGAGUCCACCCAUCAAACCACUGCUCGGGAUGAAUCCUUUCCAGAAGAAUCCCAAACAUGCAUCGGUCCUGGCAGAAAGUGGGAUAAGCUAUGAUAAGCCCCUUCCCCCCAUUCAGGUGGCUUCUCAGCGGGCUGAAAGGAUUGCCAAAGAGAAAAAGGCCCUGGCAGAGCAGCAGAAGGCCCAGCAGUUGGCCCAGCAGCAGGCUGGAGCUCCCCAGGCCCAAGCUGCUCCUGGUCAGGCCCAGACCCCAGCAGUUGGCCAAGCUCAGGUCCCUCAGGCUGCAGGAGUGGCUACAGCCGCCGCUGUGUCUAAUGCAGCAGUGCUGGCUGGAGCCAUAAAAAAUGCCACUGUAGGAACAACCAUCCAGACUGCCACUGUAGGGGGGAAUGUGAUUGUGAACACAGUGGCUGGAGUUCCCCCAAGUCCCUUCCAGGCCAAUAAGCGCCUGGCAUCUCCAGUCAUACCAGGCACCCUGUCUCCCGGAGGCACAGCUGGAGCUGCAGUGGUCCACGCACAGCAGAGGACUGUUACAGCUGCUGCUGCCCCUGCUGAAGUGGUGGCUAUGGCGACGGGUCAGGGUGUUCGAGCUGUAACCCCAGUGACUGCGUCUGCUGUGGUUUCUACUACUCUGAGCCCGGUGCAGUCACAGACCCGCCCACUGGUCCCUCAGGUCACUGCAGCCACAGGUAUGCCUCUGACACCAAAGUCUCUCACCCCGGCCCACCUGCAGAUACUCCGACAGCAGCAGCAGCUGCAGCAGCAGCAGGCCACGUCCUCUCAGAUCAAAGCUGUUGGCAAAACUCAGGAGUUGAUAAAAAUGCAGAAACAUAAGGUGCCGUUACAGCAUCAGCAGCAGUUGACUGCAGCCGUUGUCCCGGCCCAGGGACAACAAGUCCCGGUGACCCAGCAGACCGGCCAGGUGCAGCAUGCUCAGGUUAGCCAAGCCAGUCCUCAGAUAGCUGUGGCAGCAUCCAGAACUGGGACUCUGGUGGCCACAAACACCCUGCAGGUGACCACCAGACUGACCCGAGUUCCCCCCCAGGGACAGAUCCAGGCCCAGGCAGGACAGACAGCUCAGGUUACUCUGACUAAGCCUCCUGUCGUGUCCGUACCGACUGUGGUCUCUGGAGUGACCACGCUGCCAGGUAUUAGUGUGGCCAUCAGCCAGGCACAGAAGACAGGUGCACCCAUGCAGACGCUGCCCUUCACCCAGAUGCAGGUCCCACAUCUGAUCACCAUGAAGAAACCCCAGCUGCAGGCAGCAUCUGCAGCUCCGCCGAAGGCAGGGCAGCCGCAACAGGGGCAGGCUGCUGUUCAGCAGAAGAUUGGCAGCCAGCAGGUAACCAUGCAGGCAGCCCAGUCAGCUCAGCAGCAGCAGCAGAAAGGGACCUAUACCACCACACCACACCAACAGGGGAUCAAGCCCCAGUUCUUCACUACAGCAUCCAUCUCCCAGGGCCAGAAAACCGCUGCUGCCCAACAAAUCCAGGUGGCUAAACUCCCACAGAUAGUGCCGCCAGCUGUGGCCAGUAUUCAGCAGAUUGUGUCUUCUCCUCAGCAGAUCCAGGCCCAGACCGUGACUCUGACCCAAGCAGCCACAUCAGCUCCCGCUCAGGUUCAGAUGAUUCCUGCAGGGACGGCCACAGCCCAGGUGGUACAACAGAAGAUCCUCCAGCAGCAAGUGGUGGCAGCUGCCCCCUCCCCUCAGAUCCAAACACCACCUCCUCACAGCCCCGCCCAGCAGCCGGCUGCCCCCUCUGCUGCAGAGUCUCCGGUACAGCAGCCUGCCCCGACCCAACAACCUAACAAGAAUCAAGCUCGCCAAGGAGGCGUCAGAGCUAAAGCUCCUGCCAAGCCCAGUGGGGGGAGCAGUUAGGAGCCCUCACUAGUGCGCCCCAAGUGUCACCUCCUCCUUUCUAACCCCCUUUCUGCUGGUUUCAGUGAUAAGUAGAGCUCCAUCAGUAUGACUGGUGAGAUCAGUAACCACCCCUUACCAACAGAGUUCUGACCCAGUUUGUUUCUGAACAUGGUAACUUUAACAUAAACCUGUUGAUUAUAUGAUGUAACAAAUACCUGAAGACUGAGUCGUUCUGUAUUUGGGAAUGAGCUGUCCAUCAGUGUAAGUGUAUUCAUAAAUCGUCCCUUUUUAUGUCUCAUUCUGUUGUUGUUGUUGUUUAGGUAAUUGUGUGAAGAGUAAUGCACGUUCCUUUGAUUUCAGUAAAUACACUGUAAACAUGUACUUUAGAGUUUUGUUUUCUCAUAAAUCUUUUUUUAUUGAUGUCAAAAGGAAACAACUGUAAAUAUCUACAAAAACAUUUGUACUUGUAAAGUAGUUGUGUUUUCAUUGGAUUUUUCAGACUAAUUGUAAUAAAGUGUUUUGUUUUUAUACACAAAUUCAUCUUUUCUUUUCAUUAAAGUGUUGUAAGUAUUUUGAAA